UGCAGCUUAAGCUGGGUGUCUCCAAUUGGACUUGGGAUCAUUUUGAGACAGCUCGCCUCGCCAAGUUCGUACCCAUUUUCCACUGAACGGCGCACUCUUUUCACCCACAUGAGCGGCAAGCACGAGCUGCUGUCUUGAUUUUCUCUCCUUCUUUCGCACUGGGCCCUUCAUCCAAUUGACUUCCGCACAUCACAGAGUGAAAGAUGAAGGCCGUUCUCUCCCUGCUGGCCCUGUUGUUAGCGGCCGUUGCGCAGGCUAUUAGCACCAGCGGCGAGAGGUUGCUUGUAGUUCUUGAGGACGUCGCUGAGAAGGCUGGAUACUCCAAGUUCCUCGGUGACCUGGAAGGCCGAGGGUUCAAGAUCAACUACGAAACUCCCAAGAGCGAGACCCUGAACUUGUUCAACCUGGGCGAGCGAGCUUACGAUCAUGUCCUCUUCCUCCCUACAAAGGCUAAGGGUCUCGGUCCCAACUUGACACCCAACCUGCUCCUCCAGUUCAUCAAUGCCAACGGCAACAUCCUCCUGGGCCUGUCAGCCACCCAGCCGGCACCCACCUCCCUCGUAUCGCUCCUUCUCGAGCUCGACAUCCACCUACCUCCGGACCGUAACGGCCUGGUUGUUGACCACUUCAACUACGAUGUCUCAUCCUCGCCCGAAAAGCAUGACGUGCUCCUGCUGCCCGCUCCAGGUGCCCUCCGUCCUGACGUCAGGAACUUGUUCUCCCCCGAGUCCCCCAACGGCGAAGUCCUCGCUUUUCCUUCGGGCACGGGUCAGACCCUCGGAAACGGCGCUCUGCUAACUCCGAUCCUGCGAGCCCCGACUACUGCAUACAGCUACAACCCCAAGGAGCAGGCUGACAGCAUCGAUGACUUAUUUGCUAGUGGCAAACAACUCUCCCUCGUAACUACGAUGCAGGCUCGCAACUCGGCUCGUUUCACUGUUAUUGGAAGUGCUGAGAUGCUCAGUGACAAGUGGUUCGAUGCCAAGGUCCAGAAGGUGGACGAGAAGUCGUCCGUGGCCACGCUUAAUCGUGAGUUCGCCAAGCGCGUCUCCGGCUGGACGUUCAAUGAGAUCGGUGUCAUCAAGACCAACUGGAUCGAGCACCACUUGAACGAGGAGAGUCAGAACAACCAAAGCAACCCUAAGAUCUACCGAAUUAAGAACGAUGUGACCUACUCCAUCUCCCUCUCCGAGUACGACUGGGACCACUGGACGGCUUUCACCGUGCCCUCGGGCGAUGAAUUGCAGCUUGAAUUCAGCAUGCUCUCGCCCUUCCACCGUCUGCCUUUGAAGGCUACUCAGAGUUUGACCGACAGCACCACAUUCUCGACGAGUUUCAAGCUGCCAGACCAGCACGGCAUCUUCAACUUCAAGAUCAAUCACAAGCGAACCUUCUACAACAAUGUCGAGGAGAAGAACACAGUCACUGUGCGCCACUUCGCCCACGAUGAAUGGCCGCGCAGUUAUGUCAUUAGCGGCGCGUGGCCAUGGCUCGCGGGCAUUGGGGCUACCGUGACUGGUUGGUUGGGUUUCGUGGCUAUCUGGCUGUAUAGUAAGCCGGAGGAGAAGAAAAAGUCCAAGUCGAAGCGCUCCUAGUGGGCAGCUCGGCUGAUGGGUUGUAAGUUGGCGCAAAUAGUAAGCAGAACCUGGGCAUGUUGGCUAUGCGUAUGCAAACGCCUGCGAAUUUCUACUGGUUCAACGGGGAGGACUACAGUGU